CACUUACAGAAGGCGCGGAUUCGCGCCCGGAGAAUCCCUUGUCACUUGCCUUCCUGUUCUCCUCAAAGGAGUUACAAAUUCUUUUCGCAUCGAUAGUUGAUCAGAAUUAUUCUAGAAAACAGUACAUGCAGCUUUGAUCUCGUAUCCUGAAUAUCAAGAUACCUGAGUCAUAGCCAUGAGUCAUAGCGUGGAUUUCUCUUUCAGGGAUGUUCUUGAAUAGGCCGCAGAGCGCGACGACCAGGCAAGAGACUGAAAUGAUCAAUAAGGCCCAACGGGCCCUGUACAACACCACGGAUCCCGUAGAAAAGCUUCGUUUGCUCUGCCUGGCCAGAGGUGCCAAUGGCAUCCUUGGCUUGGGCAGAAUUUUUCGUCGUAUGGACGACGAUGGAAACAAAAAAUUGAAUCUGGAGGAAUUCACCAAAGGCAUCGAGGAGAGUGGCCUGGAACUUUCAGAGGAGGAUAUUCAAGACAUGUUCAAGAAAUUCGACACGGACAACGAUGGGAGCAUCAGCGUUGACGAGUUUAUCGUUGGCAUAAGACCUCCGAUGUCUCAGAGUCGCAAAAACGUGGUGGAUCAGGCCUUCAAAAAACUUGAUAAAACUGGCGAUGGAAUAAUCACGGUCGAUGAUUUGAAAGGAGUUUACAAUGUUAAAUGUCAUCCCCGUUACAUCAGCGGUGAAGAGAGCGAAGAAAGUAUUCUGAACAAGUUCCUGGGGAAUUUCGAGCAGAAUAAUACCAGAGAUGGCAUUGUUACCGAAGAAGAGUUUAUGAACUAUUAUAGCGCCAUUAGUGCAAGUAUCGACCACGAUGCUUAUUUUGAUUUAAUGAUGAGAAAUGCAUAUAAACUUUGAACUCUCACACGGUCUUGUAACAAGCAGUUCCUCCAGUUCAAUUUCCAGGUUUUAAACUUAUGGCUUUCGAUAUCGACCUCUGAAGUGUUCAUGCAACUGGUAGUAGCCAAUAAAACAUUCAUACACGCAAACCCUAGACAGUUUACGGAAUACAGCAAUCUGGCUUAUGUAAUAAUUGAUGCCUAUUAACUUCGCUUACUGGUCGAUUUUCGUUGAAUGAAAUUAAUCGAUGACAAAGAUGGUCCACGAAGAGACCAGAAAAAUAAUAUUUAUUUCACGACGAAAAUAUAUCCUCUCUUCUUCUCUCAUAUCUGUUACAUCUAAGAAUAUUUCUCGUAAUUCUUGACUCUUGUACAUAAAUUUAAUCAACGUUAAUUAGUGUUCAUAAUAGAGGAGGUAUUUCGCAUACACGCCGUAAAUACAUGAUUAUCUUUCUCGAUUAAAAUGUUUGAUCGAGUUUGAGAAUCACUGCGUCAGUUUGAAUAUUUAUACGUAUACACGACCAUCUAUGAAAUGUAGCUUGUACAUAACACAGAAGCUUGGUUACAGGGUCCAAUACAGUGAAACAAGCACGUAUACUCAUACUGUAAAAUUAUGUAUGUUAUUUCAUGUGUCUUUUAAA